CCGCAGCCGCAGCAGUGCACCCUGUCGUGUAAGCAGCUGCAGCCACAAAGCCCACAUCUCAGCAUGGCUGUCUUGCAUACAGUAACGUGAUUUUCUUCUGUAACUUUCCUAGCAUGCAAGUAUUGGUCGAGUCAAAUCUGCUGUCAUCCUUCGAGAGUAUAUGGGGUAUAAGUUGCCCUGUCUCUCACGGCGUUCUACAUCCUUCUUCUCAUAUCAUCUGCUUUCUUAUUUCUUUUCACCGCACUGCAUUUUUUCUUCACCUUCUCAUCAAUCUUUCUUACUUCAAAACAAAUCACUUAUACACCAAAUUUUCAAACUUCAACUACUCUCUCUCAAGAUGUCUGCCUUCAGCCUUCCACCCGUUGUGAUCCCAGCAAUCCCAACAUCAAUUGCCAUCCCAGGUUUUCCAACAGGUGUCCUCUCUUCAGUCGCCUCUUCCUUUGUUUCCUCUGUUUCCACUGCCGUAAAUGGGCAACUAGCUUCAACUACACUUAUCACCUCUGCAACCUCUUUAGCAGCUGCGCCCACCAGCGUUAUCCCAACUUCUGGAGCUGCUGCUCCAACAAGCAAUGGCGCUACUGCCGUAAGUCAUAUCUCUUAUUGACAUCCAGCCUUCUUUCGCUAAGACAAAUAGGCCAACGGUACAACCGUUGUAGUACCUGGUACCCCAUCAAACGGCACUGCUCCAGCCCCAGGAGCACCAACAACCGCUCCAAAACCAUCAUCCCCUACUGCUCCAGCCCCUGCAGCCUCGACUACCAAAGCAAGCGGGGCUUCAGCUGGCAAAUCCGUCUCUGUGGGUGCCACAGCAGUACUCGGUCUUGUCCUUUUGGGUCUGGUGUUGUAAACAGAUGGUUUGAAUUGGAGUUAAUUAUGGAUUGCUGUUCACAGAUUGAAUGUUAGAUUGGGACUUGAUAUGGCCGGCAGCUCUUUUGUACUGGGGAUGUAAUGUAGGAUUAGUUCUGGGUGUGAGUGGAGUAGAGAAAUAUACCAUCAUUUCGCUCGCAU